CAGAAUGAGCGACGACGAGACGCUGGCCGACGUGCGGAUCGUUCUGAUCGGCGACGAAGGAUGCGGAAAGACGUCGCUGGUGAUGAGUCUUCUCGAGGAUGAAUGGGUUGAUGCAGUUCCCCGGAGAUUAGACAGAGUGCUCAUACCAGCGGAUGUCACCCCGGAAAACGUCACCACGAGUAUCGUGGACUUAUCGAUUAAGGAAGAAGAUGAAAAUUGGAUUGUGUCGGAAAUCCGCCAGGCGAAUGUCAUUUGAGUGGUCUACUCGCUCGGUUACAGACGAGUCCACUGUUGAUGGAAUUCAAACAAAGUGGCUACCGCUGAUUCACCAGCCCUUCGGAGACUACCACGAGACUCCGGUCAUUUUGGUUGGCAACAAAGUUGGAAAUGGGUUUGGAGAGUUUAGCAGUUCAUGCCGAGAGAUUUUCUGAGUUAUUCUGGAUAUUUUCGAAAAAUACAACACAAUUCGACAUGCUAAUAUUACUUAAAUCUUGACGAAACAAUCUAAUUACGACUGCUGAAUAUCCACGUGGGAAUGUGAUUAACUUCUCGAAUUCAUGGCGUGAUGGACUCGCCUUCAAUGCAAUUAUUCAUCGUUAUAGAAGCAGUGCUAUCGAUUGGAAUAAGAUCAAUUCGGAUUCAGUUUCCAACACGGAACGAUUGAACAUUGCUUUCGCAGCAGCGGACCGCGAAUUCGGAGUCGAACGUCUUCUUGAUGCUGAAGAUGUCGACACAAACAAUCCGGAUGAGAAAUCGAUCAUCACAUACGUUUCAUCGCUUUACAAUGCUCUUCCACAGGAGCCAGAGAUGAGCAAAUUCGCCGCCAGUGGUGGAAAGCGCCUCGAAGAAGAGAUUGGCAAGCUUCAAGCGGAUGCUGAUCACAUUUUCGAAGCUCUCGCAGUAAUAUCCAAGGAUGAAGCUCUCCAAGAAAGCCCGUCAUUGCUUCUGGUUUCAAAACAAGUUUCCAAAAAGAUUGAACAAUUGAAAGUAUUGUUGAAGCUAGUUGAAGAAAAAAAGGAUACAUUUAUUUCGAAGUGUAAGCUCGUGAUGAGGACGGCUGGGCCUGAAUCUGAUGCGAAAGAACUGGAUUCUUUGAUGAAACAUGUUGAAGACGCGUAUUCAGAUGUUUUCGAAUUGAUUUCUGAUAAAGAAGGACUAAUUGAUCGAUUUAAUGCUUCUAAUAUAAAUUCGGACUCAGUUCCCAACACUGAAAGCCUGAACCUCGCUUUCGCCGCAGCGGACCCCGAAUUUGGAGCCGGACGUCUUCUUGACGCCGAAGAUGUCGACACAAACAACAAUCCGGAUGAAAAGCCGGUCAUCACAUAUGUUUCGUCGCUUAACAAUGCUCCACAGGACCCAGAGAUGAGCAGAUUGGCCGCCAGUGGUGGAAAAGGCUUCGAAGAAGAGAUUGGCAAGCUUCAAGCAGAUGCUGAUCACAUUUUCGAGGCUCUCGCAGUAAUGUCUAAAGAUGAAGCUCUCCAAGAAAGCCCGUCAUUGCUUCUGUAUUCCAAACAAAUUCGAUUCAACAAAAUUCAAAAAUUGAAAGAGUUGUUAAAGCCAGUUGAAGAAAAAAAGGAUACAUUUAUUUCGGAGUGCAAGCUCGUGAUGAAGACGGCUGGACCUGAAGCAGAUACGAAAGAACUGGAUUCUUUGUUGAAACAAGUCGAAGACGCGUAUUCAGAUGUUUUCGAAUUGAUUUCUGAUAAAGAAGGACUAAUUGAUCGAUGCAAUGCUUCUAAUAUUAAUUCGGAUUCAGUUUCCAACACGGAACGAUUGAACAUCGCAUUAGCCGCAGCGGACGCCGAAUUUGGAGCCGGACGUCUUCUUGAUGCUGAAGAUGUCGACACAAACAAUAAUCCGGAUGAGAAGUCAAUCAUCACAUACGUUUCGUCGCUCAAUAAUGCUUUUCCACUGGAGCCAGAGAUGAGCAAAUAUGUCGCCAGUGGUGGUAAGCGUCUCGAAGAAGAGAUUGGCAAGCUUCAAGCGGAUGCUGAUCACAUUUUCAAGGCUCUCGAAGAAAUAUCCAAGGAUGAAGCUCUCCAAGAAAGCCCGUCAUUGCUUCUGGAUUCAAAACAAGUUUCCAAAAAGAUUGAACAAUUGAAAGUAUUGUUGAAGCCAGUUGAAGAAAAGAAGGAUACAUUUAUUUCGGAGAGUAAGCUCGUGAUGAAGACGGUUGGGCCUGAAUCUGAUGCGAAAGAACUGGAUUCUUUGAUGAAACAUGUUGAAGACGCGUAUUCAGAUGUUGUUGAAUUGAUUUCUGAUAAAGAAGGACUAAUUGAUCGAUGCAAUGCUUCUAAUAGAAUCGCGCAUCCACAAACAGAGACUGAGAAGAUAACGAACGAGAUCGAGCUGCUAAAAGAGACGUGCAGCUGCUGUACUCCAUAUCAAAUUGAGAAGAUUUCCGAGAAUUAUUAUAGGUUUGGAGAUACCCAUAUCAAGAGAAUGGUUCGUAUCCUUCGAUCAACUGUGAUGGUUCGUGUUGGCGGUGGAUGGGAGCCACUUGAAGAGUCACUUCAAAAACAUGAUCCAUGCCGUACAAAAGGACGUCUCAAUAUCAAUAUGUUCCCAGAAGCUCGUCCAAUUCAUGCUCUUGACUUGAUGCAAUCGUUCACUAAGAAUCGGCAUGCCAAACAGAUGCCCAUUGCCGGAACGCCUGGACCAAUUAUGAAGAUUCGCGAAAAAACUGAGAGAAGUGUUCCCAUGAGCGGAGGACUCGGAGGAACCGCUGGUUACACAGUUACAACUGAAUCGCCUAGAAAAACGCCUCAACGCCCGUUUCGAAUUCCACGUACUCCAUCGGACAAGACCCCUGGACGCCAAAGCCGUGUUGGAUGUGUCUCCAAUUUGAAAAACUCGAUCGUCGAACCGUCGUCACCUUCCCAAUCCGAAUCGCGAGCCUCACCUGAAGUCGCAGACCGUCAAAAGAGGGUUUCAUUGUCGUUGAAAGAAAAAGGAAAAAGGUUUAAAAAAAAUGCAGAACGAGCCAAAUAGAUUUUUUCAUGCCAGAAAGCUGGAAACUUCCAUUUUUACUACCGAAAUCAAAUUAAAAAUUAAGCAUUUUGGUGGAGAUACUAGGAAUUUCUUUUGAAAUUAUCGAAAAAUUGGAUAUUUAACUGCUGUUUCUGUGCUCCGACUUUUUCAUAGAAGUGUUUGAGAUUUCAACUAUAAUUGUUUUUUUUUUCGGCCAAAACUAUUCGAGUCGGCAGUUAUUAAUUUUGUCAGGCUCUAAGCUUUAACUUGUAAAAAAUCAUUUAAAAAAUUCAAGUAAAAUAAAACUUUUCAAAA